GUGCGCAACCUUUAUUCAAUUGGACACAACAUACAUCAUGUCAACCGUCAGCAAGUCCAAGGUAACGGCCACCGAGCCAUUAGACCCUAAAGAUGCACGCUGGGUGAAACUAGUAAAACUAACCUACACCGACCCCACCGCCACCGUCCGCACAUGGGAAUCCGCCGAGCGCCUGACCCGGCCCCACGGCAGCGCCAUCGACGGCGUCGGCAUCAUCGCCAUCAUGCAGAACGACCCCGCACACCCCUCCGCCCCGCCGCGCAUCUUGCUGCAGAAGCAGUUCCGGCCCCCGAUCGACCAAGUCGUCAUCGAAGUCCCGGCCGGGCUGAUCGACGCGGGCGAGACGGCGGAGGCGUGUGCGCUGCGCGAGUUGCGCGAGGAGACGGGGUAUCGGGGGCGAGUGGUGGAGGGGUUUGGGAUGACGCCCGUGCAGUGGAAUGACCCGGGUUUCUGCAACACAAACGUCCAAAUGAUCCACGUGACGGUCGAUAUGUCGCUCCCCGAGAAUCAGAAUCCGAAGCCUGAGCUUGAGGAGAGCGAGUUUAUUGAGUGUUUUACGGUGCCGAUGACGGAUCUGUAUGCGGAGAGUGAGAGGUUGGAGAGGGAGGGGUAUGCGAUUGAUGCGAGGGUGGGGACGUUUGCGGAGGGGAUUGAGGUAGCGAAGAGGUGGAAGUUGGUGUAGGUGUGGUGGAGAAUGGGGGAUUUGCGUUGAAGUAGGUAGGGGGGUGAUGAUAUAUGAGGAAGGGAGUGAGUAAACAGAGUGUUGUGGGACUUUGGGUCCGCCGACGCUCGUGGUUCUUUCAGACUCCUAAAAUGGGCUUUCAUAUUAGAGUUUCACGGUUACGGGGUAGAUUUGAGUAUCUUCAAGAAAGCAGCCUGUGAUUCUAGAGCUCGUGAGCGUAGAUG